GAUACCGGCCAGUCGCGAAUCCGGCUUGUAAGCGGUCGCUUCUUUGCGCCCCGGCUGUUGUCGAUUGAAAAACAUUAAUCACAUUAUUGUAGCAGUUUUGAUAUCUUAUCGGAGACCUAGUGCACAGGUUGCGUGGCUCUGUUGUGCUCAUACAACGCGAGUGUUGUUUUGUAUUUAAUUCAUACAGUGUUGGAUUGUUGCAGUGGAGUUAGGGGGUAGAGUUUUUCGUGUGUAAGAGUCGUGUUGUUGUGGAGCAAGGGACUGGAGUGAGGCGUGUUAAGAUGGCGUAGCGUAAUGGAGGGGGAGUGCUCAGAGGGCGCGGAGGGGUGGCUGUUAGUGCGCGUGCACGUUCCAGAGCUGAACGUGCAGAAGAGCCUCCAGUUUCCUAGAGACCAACUCGUUUGGGACGUCAAGCAGCAGUGCCUUGCCGCCUUGCCUAAGGUGGCCACUUGGUACAGGGAGCUAAAGGAGAGCUUCAACUAUGGUUUGUUCUGCCCUCCUGUCAACGGCAAAGCCGGCAAGUUCUUGGAUGAGGAACGCCGCCUCGGCGACUACCCCUUCAACGGACCUGUUGGAUACCUCGAGUUAAAAUAUAAACGACGUGUUUACAAAAUGCUGAAGUUGGACGAGAAGACGCUGAAGACGCUGCACUCACGAGCGAAUCUGCGACGGUUUCUCGAGCACGUCACACAUUCACAGCUCGACAAGAUAACCAAGGCCUGCGCUAAAGGACUGGACCCCAACUUCCACUGUCAAGACACUGGUGAGACACCUCUAACCAUCGCAGCCGGUCUAAAAUCGCCAGGGAAGGUAUUAAUAGCGCUUGUAAACGGUGGCGCCCUCCUCGACUAUCGGACAAAGGAUGGCAGCACUGCAAUGCAUAGAGCUGUGGAAAAGAACUCUCUAGAAGCAGUAAAGACUCUGCUGGAACUUGGUGCUUCGCCCAACUACAAGGAUGGAAAAGGCCUCACUCCACUGUACCUGUCGGUCACGAAUAAGACCGAUCCGCUUUUGUGUGAAACGUUGUUACAUGAUCAUGCGACUAUUGGAGCGACAGAUUUACAGGGUUGGCAGGAAGUGCAUCAGGCAUGCCGCAACGGCCUAGUCCAAAACCUGGACCACCUACUGUUCUACGGCGCGGACAUGAACGCGCGCAACGCGUCCGGCAACACGCCGCUGCACGUGUGCGCCGUGAACGCGCAGGACUCGUGCGCGCGCCAGCUGCUGUUCCGCGGCUGCGACAAGGAGGCGCUCAACUACGCCAACCAGACGCCCUACCAGGUCGCCGUUAUAGCAGGCAAUUUGGAAUUAGCUGAAGUUAUAAAAAAUUACAAGGCCGAUGAAGUCGUGCCGUUCCGCGGACCACCGAGGUACAACCCGAAGAGACGCUCGGCCGCGUGGGGAGGCUGGUGGACCGCCGGAGACAGGUCCUCGCUGGCUUCCUCCACGAGGAUACCAGCGGAGUUUGACGCUAUCCUGCGUCGGCCUGGUGGCUCGACAGCGUCCCCGUGCAGUCUAGAAAGGCCCUUCUCGUCGGCCUCUUCCAGCAUCAGCGACGCGAGCCAUCCGAGUCACGAGGACGACGCCAGUAUCCUCACAGAUAAGAGCGCGGGCGACACUAGCGACAUCAUAUCGGACUCGAGUGGCGUCGGCACCAGCAACUCGGACACGACCACGUGCUCGCUGCAGCUCAGCACCACCGUCGUGUGCCUGCAGCCCUACGAGCCCACCGCGCCCGGCCACCUGCGCCUCGCGCAGGGCGACAUCGUCGAAGUGGUGGGCGCGACGGACGAGGGCCUGCUGGAGGGCGCGGUGCGCGGCGCGGCGGGCGCGGGCCGGCCGGCCGGCCUGUUCCCCGCGCGCUGCGUGCAGGAGGUGCGCCUGCGCCACGCCAACAACCUGCACCAGGUGCUUGCAUCAGGACCAAUCCACCAUUCUAGAGUAACUGGCAGAAGAGAAAUGGCAUUGAGCAAAACAUAUAGCGCCACAGCGCCUAGAAUAAAGAAAACGCCGGGCGGCGGCGCGGCGUGCGCGCGCACGGUGGUGCUGCACCGCGCGCGGCGCGGCUUCGGGUUCGUGCUGCGCGGCGCCAAGGCCUCCUCGCCGCUCAUGGAGCUGCGGCCCUCCGAGCGCUGCCCCGCGCUGCAGUACCUCGACGACGUGGACGCGGGCGGCGUCGCCGACCGCGCCGGCCUGCGCAAGGGCGACUUCCUCGUCGCGAUAAACGGCGAGGACGUGUCGGCGGCGUCGCACGAGCACGUGGUGGAACUCAUACGCAGCUCCGGAGCGCUCGUCUCCAUGACUGUUGUCUCGUUGAACAGCGCGCCUGGUAACAACGAGAACAACACGUGUACGGUACCGACGAGCAAGUCGCAGAACCAACUGUCCAGCUCCGGGCGGCCGUACGCCGCCACGCUGCCCAGGAAAGCUGCCGGUGGCCGCAGCCCGGCGCCGGCGCCGCCGCGCCGCGACCCGCGCACCACGCUCAGCGUGGGCCGCGCCCGCGCCAAGUCCAUGGUCGCCGGGCUCGAAAAUGGCGGUGAAAAAGAAGAGAGUUGCGAGCCGCUGAGCGUGGCUGGCAAGUCUUCAUCGGCCGAGUCUGUGCAGCUGCAUGGCGGUAGUAAUUGCGGCACGCCGGUGUCGGGCACGCCGGUGGCGCCGCGCACGGCUUCCAUCCGGCAGCGGCCGGCGUCCUCGCGCAUUACGGCCGCCGAGCUGGAGGAGCUGUUCCAGCGGCAGGCCGACACCGACACCGACACGGACGCGCUGGGCGGGCCGAGCGCUAUGAUGACGCGGUCAGCAUUCCAGGGCGGCAACAACUCGCCGCCGUACUCGCCCGCGCGGCAGCGGGUCUACGCCUCCGUCGCGGAGAUGAAGCGCUCCAGGGGGAAGUCGUGGAGCAAGUCUACGGGGCGGUCGCUGCGGCGCGAGUUCCACUCGACGCCGGACCUGGCGGCCGAGCUGGCCGCGCACCCGCCGCGCACGCGCUCCAGCGAGGACGUGCACGCAGGCACGUCCCGCGUGCCGCCGCCGGCGCACCCGCCGCCGCCGCCGCCGCCGCCGGGCGCGCCGGCGUCGUCGUUCAGGCCGGCGGCGGCCGCCAAGUUGUACGCGGCGCCGCGCGACCUCGCGCCCGUCGGCUACCGGCCCGCCGCGCCCGCCGCCGCACCCGCGCCCGCGCCCGCCUCCGCCGCCGCUUAUGCCCACAUGCACGCCGGUCGCAAGGCGGCGUCGCUGCGUGCGUGGACGUCAGCGGACGGGCCCGCGCCCGCUUCCGCUCCCGCCUCCGCUCCCGCUCCGCACUACGCGCAGCCCAUCAUCGCGCACAAAGGCUUUGUGCGACAGAACUCGACGCCGGCGCCGCCGAUCCCAGAACCAGACUACAGCAUGUCGGAGUCGGACGAGGACGAGCGCAAGCCGCGGCCCGAGCCCGCCGCGCUCGCAGAGACCAGCGCCAACAGCAACACCAGCGGCAGCAGCUCCGGCUCGAGCUCGAUGCAGCACUCGUUCUCCGUGGACGAGAUCCAGAAGAUCCGCACGCGGCUCAAGUCGUCCAAGUCGUGCGGCGACGAGCUCGCGAGCGGCGGCGAGCGCGACGACGGCGACAACUCGUCGUCGGGCGUGUCGUCCGACCAGGAGGCGCAGGCGCGGCCGCCGCGCCGCGACAAGGUGUCCUUCUGCAGCUCGGUGACCGUGAAGUCGUCCAACGACGUGAUCAGCACCGAGCCCGUGCACUCGUCGUCCGAGAGCCUGGCGCCGCCGCCGCCCAUGCAGCGCCACAACUCGCUGACCAGGAAGCGCGCCACCGCCGCCCUGCUGCGCGGCUCGGUGGGCGCGGCGCGCGGCCGCUCGGCCGCCGAGCGGCUCGGCGUGGACGUGGACAAGGCGCCGGGCCGGCGGCGCGCCGCCGUGCUGCUGGCCGAGCUGCCGCCGCCGCCCGAGGAGGCGGCCGCCGCGCCGGCGCCCGAGCCGCCCGCGCCGCCGCUGCUGGCGCCGCCGCCGCAGUUCAGCGACCGCGUGCGGGUGGUGUCCGCGCUGCCCAAGCAGCUGGCGCACCUGCAGUAGAGCGCGCCCUUAUGAACCGUAGCCUAGCACGUUCCCCUCGGACACCUCGCGCACGAGCGGGGACCUUUUGUAAUCGAGCGACUAAAUGAAACCAAAGAUUUAUAGUAUUUAUUGUUGAGGAGUUAACACUGAUAUAGUUGAAACUAAUUUUUAUACAUUCCCCUAUUACCUUAAUACUGUUAGAAUUAUUUUUAAUACGUAUCGUAUGUAUGUAGUCUCCGACGUGUCAAAUGUGUUAUUGUAAUUAUGUCGUCCCCUCUACUUGUUUAGUUUUACGUUGUGUUAUCCCCCCUCCCCCUGUUACGAAGCAACCGAGUGCCAUCGUGUCUAUGUUAUUGAAAUAUUUUUAUAUAUAUAAUAAUGUCUGUAAAUAUUUUUAAAUAGCUACAUUGUAACGAGACAAAUGAGUGGACUGUGCACGUGCAACCACACAAAGAAUAUCCGGCCAACAUGUUAUUGUAUUUGAAACACAAUAUAUAUAUGAAUUAAAUAAAACUUAUCGAUGAAUAAAUAUUAUAUAUAUUUGAGUAACGCCCACGUCCGCCAACGAAUAUUACCGAUUAUGUUUCCCUCGUACGUCCUAUUGAAGUGCGCCCGCGCCGGUUCACUCUAGUCUUGGCACACAUUCAAAGAUUACUUUAAAGGCUCCUGGGCCCUUAACUAUGUGUUCUCUUACAAGACUAGUGUUUAUUAUUAUUAUUGUCAAACGCACCAUCAUUCGUCCAUUCCAUGAUAUUGUAAAUUUUAUACUAAUCGAACACAUCCGUGCAUCAUUAAUAAGUAGAUAUAGCUGUAUCACGGCCGACAAUGAAAGUAUGUAACACCAAUAUAAAAUUUUUAUAUUCCUCUAUCGAUUUUGUAUCUUAAUAUAAAGAGAAUUAGGUGCAUUAUAUUGUCAUUUACAUCUCGAUAUGCAGGAACUCUAAUGUAACAACACGUCGAAUUCUGUACGUCGACGACAUUUACAACUAUUCACUGUAAUUAUCGUCAAAUUCCACUUGUACCGUUUUACUACGUUUAUAAAUAUCGACUUAACCUCCCUUAAUAUUUCAUUUUACGGUAUCGACGUUAUAGAGUUCUGUGUGUUGCACACUGAGCGUACAAUUGCCUACUACCCGCUUCUAUAAGCAGCCUAAUUAGAUAGAUUUCAAUUCUUCAUUUUGCCAUUGUUAAUAGAUAAUUAAAAAUUUGAACAAACUCGAAUUCGUGCUGUAUCCGGCUCGAUUAACGCUAGUUAAAGGAAUAAUAAACUCUUAACAGCAAAAUAUAAAAUAUAAUUCCUUCGUAUGUAAACGUUAAAAGUUCUAGUGAAUUUUAAAGUAUAGCGUAAUUCGAGUGGACGGUGGCACAGCACCGCCGUGUCUGUUGACUUGAGCCUUUACCGUUUAAUUAGCACAAUGAAAUUAAUUUUUAUUAUCGGAUUUGUAUUAUUUUGUUAUAAUCGUCUCGUCAUUAUAUUAAGUUGUAUAAAUGUAAUGUCUACAUAAGGCGUAGCUAGGUAGUGGUAAUUAUAUUAGGGAAAUUCGAUCGUAGAGGUUAACUGGCGAUUAACUGGGAGCGGCGGGGCUUCCGAUCUCGGCCGAUUUAUUCUCGGUCUGGAUAUAGACGCAUUUGUUCGUAACAUACCCUGCAGAUACAAUUUUUAAUUGAGCUUGUGUGCGAGACGCGUGCGAGUGCUGCGUAUCAACGUACGCGCACGCACUUGCACGCGUUCAUCAUUGUGAUCAUGCUGUCCUUGUUUACAUAAUGUAAAUUUGUACAAUAUAAAAAGAGACAGACUGAUCUGAUGUGCGAAUAAUCGAACACAAUUGUUUUAAUACAGGAGGGUAAUGAAUGUGCCAUUUUAGACCGACAAUGAAUGGAGCUAGUUGGAUUGUGGGCUCGCGCCGUUAUUUUGUAUGUUUCCUAUCCAUUGUGUUUUGCGUUUCAUUUGAAUCUCAGUAUGAAAUGUGUAACACCUUGAUAUACUUUCAAAUGAAAAUUAAAUGUUUCAUCACUACUA